AUGUUUAGAAGACCAAGGGUGUUUUUUAAGGAAAGCAUUGCUAUUAUGAAUCACCAUGGUAUUAUUUUUUUACUGAAAAUUAUCUUCAUUCUACCCUUUAAAUUGGCUAUUGAAAGUUAUAAAUUAAAGAGAUCAAAUAAUGAAAAACCUAAAACGAUAGAUCUGGAUGUCUUCUCGAGAAUAUUUAUGAGAGAAGCAUUUUUAUUAGCAGAUAAAUAUAGUGGUGAACAAGUGCUGAAUCCAUUGUUUGUUGGUUUGCAAAAUAUAAUGAAAUAUCUUUUAAACUCAUCAAAAUAUCCUAGUGAAAUACUACAAUGCAAUAUAAUUAAUAUAAAGACUGACAUAUUUAAUGAAUCUAUCAUUAACCGUAGUGAUAUUAAAAGCAGAUUUGAAUGGUUAUCUAAGCCUGAAUUUUUCAAUCCGAAAGAAGAUCCAGUCAUUCUAUAUUUCCAUGGUGGUGGAUUUGCAAUCGAAAUGUUACCAUUUUUCCAUAGUUUCUUGAGGAACAUUGCGAGGCAUAAUGAAAAAACUGCCAUUGCCAUAUCACAUUACACUGUAACAACCUCAAAUGUGUGCGAUGAAGUUUAUCCAAUACCGACGUUAGAAUCCAUCGUUCUAUAUAAACAUUUUAGUGAUGCGCUUGGUUGUAAAAAUAUUUCGUUGAUGGGUGAAUCAGCUGGUGGUCAUAUUAUUUUAUCUUUAAUCCAAUAUCUUCAGUUUUAUAAACUACAACUUCCAAAGCAUGCCGUUGCAGUAAGUCCAUGGUUGAACCCUGGAGUUGUAGAUGAUGAUGAACGUCAAUUCAUGAGAAAUAAUUGUAAACUGGAUAGUUUGUCAUAUGAAGGACUCGAUCUUUUUCAAAAACAAUAUAUACCAAAUAAAAAUCUGAGAUCUACAUAUAACUCGGAUCCAUUACUAAAUAUUGAGACCAAUUUUGACUCAAUUGCAUGGGAACAGAUAACGCAAAACUGUAAACUUUAUAUCACAUACGGAAGUGAUGAAAUUUUACGAUUACAAAUUGAUAGAUUCAUUAAGAAAUUGGAUAAAACAUGUCCAAAUUUUAUAAUGGAGAAUAAUGUAUUAAUUGAUCAUAAUGGAGGACACAUUAGACCAAUCAUGAACCUUCAUAAAGAUUAUAACAAAUGGUUAAGAUCUGAAUUGGUUCAAAAACUUGUGAAUGCAUUGGGGGUUUGA